ACAAAGGCGUGCGGCAAGGAAAUUACGAUGCUCGACAAAGAGAAUGUAGGCAGCCGCCGGUUCGCGAGAGAAUCGGUUCAUCAACAUCAUAUCAACCACCAAUUAGCGAUGGCUAUUUCAGAGGGUGCUCGUCUGUGCGACCUCUCUUUCUACGAACAUGCGACGGCGAUUUUUAGCUAUCUGACGCAUGGAUCGGUCGGUGUACCGCCGCCAAUACCAAAGGAGCUAGCCUCUGAUGUAGUGAGAAGGGUCGUGUACGAGCUAGCGUUCGGAACGUGGAGAUAUCGUCAUGUAUUGAGUGAAAUUCUGGAAGACAGCGAUUUCUUCUUCAAAUUCUUUCAUCUACGUGAAAUGAUGAAUCUCUUGUUGGUCAUGCUCUUUGACUACCAGCAGAAGCAAUUUCCUCUUAAAGCACUUGAUCCGCCAUCUUCCAAUGAAAUAUGCUAUGGAGUCUCAUCAGCUGUCGAAGACAUUGCAACUGCUCUGCAAGCUCACAGAACCAAGUUGAAUGCUGCAGUGGCAAGAGCCAGAGUUGCAGCAGACAGUCGUGACAUGACAGGGUUAUUGCCUGAAGAGGAAAGGAACAUUGUUCGUUCAUCUCAGCUGCGACCAUUGUGCGUUCGUAUCAACAUGCUAAAAACAAACAAGGAAAGCAUAGUGAGAGAAUUGCAGGAGGGAUGUUGGCUUAUGGAGAAUGACUCACAAGAUGUGCCAUAUAGCACAAGCACGUUUAUGUUUGAUCCACUUUGUCCAGACACCUUAAUGUUUUCUUCACAAUCAAAGGCUGCAUUGUACCACUGCCAAGCAGUCAAAGAAGGAAAGCUUGUUAUUGAGGACAAAGUGGAAUCAAUGGUUGCUGAAUCGAUUGGUCCACUGAUUGGUCAAGGUGCAAAAGUAAUUAUCACAUGUGUUGGCAAUGGAAACAUUGUUUGCAGGCUAGCUGCACUGAUGAACAACACCGGCUGCAUUUAUGCAUUCGAAGCUCUUCCAGAUCAAAUAUUCAAACUGGAAGACAAAAUGAAACAUCAAGGAGUCUCUAAUGUUGUCUUGCUGUCUGAAUGCUUUACUGAAGUUUAUCCUGAUGAUUCUCGGUUUGAGCAAGUGACAGCGAUUAUCAUCGUUCCUCCAUGCACCAAUUCCACUGUCAUCAACCAUGCUGACUAUGUCAUGAUUCAAGGAGAUGAACAGCUUGUUUCUUUGCCUGAUGACAUUGAUGCUAAAGCUAUCGAUCCAAGGAUUCCGACUUUCUCAGCGGAACAAAAGAGUCUUCUGACUCAUGCACUUAUGUUCCAGCAAGUUCAGGCUGUUGUGUACUGCACUCGGUCAAAGCACUAUGCUGAAAAUGAAGCUGUAGUUGAAUCUGCUAUGGAAACUUGCCGCCAGUAUUGCUCAGAGAGAAAUGAUGCUAUUCCAGACAAGAGAGAGCACAUAAAACACUUCCAGCUGUACACACCUGACUUGGCAUACACCAUGAAACCAAGUCUUAUCACAAAGCAAGCAAAAACACCUAGUUUCAAAAGUGAAAACUCUCUCAAAGUACCAUUGCUUGACUUCAGCAGAUUGUCAGCAUCAUCUCCUGUGCCAGAUUGUUACUUAAAGGUUCAACCGUCAUCUGCUGGCGAUGGUUGCUUUCUGGCAAUUUUACAGAGAAUUGCAAUGAGCAGUCGAGCUCCAACUCCUGCCCGUGAAGUUCUACGUCGUGCUGUUGCAAAGGGUCUAAUUAGUGAUCUCGACUACUUGCAGUCUACCGACAAGGAGCAGAACCCGGAUGAAAAGAAAACAACCAAGAAAGUAAAAGGUCGUAUUAAGAGAAAACCAUCGUCAUCUCUUACGAAACUCACUGCUUCGGCAAAGAGCCGUUUUGCACUGACAACAGCUAGACUGCAGAGUCAAUACGAGCGCAAGUUACAUGAUAGACCAUUUCGCAUGUAGACAAGUAGAGAUGUGACUGAAAUACACAAAUCUGUUUGCUCGAGAACAGUCGAUCAAAAACAUGAUCACAAAUCAUUUUAUCUA